UAUACUUUUAUUCGUGCCACAAUGGGAAAAUUUCUGUUACAGCAGCAAAGAGAAAGAAAUGCAAAUAUAUAAAAGAAUAAAGACAUAAUAUAAUAAACAGUAUAAACACAACACAAUGUUUAAAUACAAAGAAGAAAAAAGAGACCAUGAGUAAGUAGUUACACUAACAGACAUACUGCUCACAGGUAAUAUUGCACGGUUUUAAAAUUUCUGUUAAUGCAUGUGAUGUUUAAAUACUUUGUUAUAGUUAUAAUUGCAGGUAAACAGUAAUAACGGUGUUUAAUUAUGGUGACUGGUUCACCCAGGGUUUUUUAAGCAUUAGAAUUUCAGUGCAGUUAAUAUUGUUGAUGUGCUGCAUCUUUUCUCAUCAUCAUUAUUUGAAGACUACAUACAGUCUGUUUUUUACUGAGAUCUCAUUACAGCCACUGGACCAAUCAAAUCAGACCACAGCUUCAAAUCAUCCAAUCAGGGGUUGACUCUAAACUUGGUUUUCUACUGAACUGUCUGAGUUCCUAACAUCACUAUCACUUUGUUUGUACAAGAACGAUGAUCACACUCUUUGUUGCUCUUUGCCUCUUAACAUCAGUGAAACCUUCUAACAUCAAGGAGAUUCAAGUUAAAAAAAUAAAGAGUGGAGAAGAUGUUACUAUAAAAUGUGGCGUGUUUAAUGACAAAACUAAACUUGAUUGGUUCAAACAGAGUUUUGGAAAGGUUCCUCAGUUGUUAGGGAGAACAGUGGGGAAAGAUUUCAGACCUAAUGAUAAACGCUUCAGUGUUAGUGAUGAUAAAUUGUUUAAUCUCGACAUUAAAAAUGUGACAGAAGAGGAUACAGGAACAUACUUCUGUGUAGAAAUGCUGAACACUUCACCAGACUUUACAUCUGGAACCCUUUUGGUUGUUGAAGAUGAGGAGACAAAACAAAUUCCUCCAGCUGUAAAGGUGUUGGAGAACGGAGAGUCGCUCACACUCCAGUGUUCAGUACAAGCCAUUACUUCAAGCUGUGAAGAACCGAGCGUGUACUGGUUCAGACACGGCUCAGGAGAAUCUGAUACAGGAAUCAUUUGCACUCAUGGAAACGCCAGUGAUGAGUGUAAGAAGAGCUCUGAGGCUGGUUCUCCUCCACAGAGCUGUGUCUACACUCUCCCCAAGAGGAAGCUCACAACCUCUGGUAAAGAAACGCUCUACUGUGCUGUGGCUGAGUGUGGACAAAUCCUCUUCGGGAAUGGAAUUAUACCUCCAGAGAAAAGUAAGACCUCUUCUUCAUAA